AUGAGUAAUAAUGAAAACGUAAUUUUUUCGGGUGAUGGAAAAGGUUUAUCAUUUCGUAAAUUCAAACACUUACUCUUAUUAAUUCAUGGCGAGGAAAUAUCGAAAGCUGAUAUUAUUAGAAAACUAAGAAACAAUGCAUUGGAAUAUGCCGCAACAUUGGAUACAGACUUAACAGCAAUGGAGAUAAUUGAAGAUCUUAAAGAUGCUUUUGAUAUUGGUGAUAGUGAUGAUUUAUCAGAUUUAACAAAGUUGGGAGAAUAUAAAUACAAUACAUUAGAUAUAUUAGUUGGUAAAUUUCUUUCAAAAUGUUCAGCAGUUGAUAUUUCAGAAAAGUUUAAAAUACAAUUGUUUUAUUCAGCUGUUGGUAUUGAAUUGGGUAUUGAAAUUACAAAAUGUGCACCAAAAUCAUUAAAAAGAGCAAUAGACAUUGCAAAGUCUUGUGAAGAUGGUUCAAUUCGUAUGAGAGGUAGAUCAAUGUAUACUGGUCAAUUGGUUGCAAAAACAUUACAAGAAUUUGGAACUCAAAAGUAUCUUGGUUCUGGAUCUGGUUAUACAACAUCACCACAGUACGUUACAUCUCAAACUGAACAAUCUACUGAAACUGAAGUAUUAGCAACUCCAAUUUAUAAAAAUCAAACAUAUUCACCACCACCAUCACCUUAUAAAGCACCACAAAAUCAAGUAAAUUCAAUCACAAAAUUUUGUAAAUAUUGCAAAAAGAAAGGUCAUGUAAUUCAAGAGUGUUGGUCUAAAGAUAAAAAGAAUAAUUAUAAUGAGAAUAAACAAUCAUAUAAUAAUCAUAGCACUAAUGCAAUUACAAUGGUUAAUGAUAAAACGAUUAAUUCUAUUGGAACUGAUAGUAUGAAUGCAGCAUUAUUAAUAAAUGAUAAGAAUGUUAGAAGGUUAGUUGAUACUGGUUCUUCUCUUACCAUCAUUUGGGAAAGUAUUGCUAAAAAAUUAAAUUUAAAAGUUGAAGGUAAAUCAUUUUCAGUUAAUUCAGCAUCAAAUAAUGAAAUUAAGAUAGUUGGUAGUUGUGAUACCAUAAUUAAAUUAGGUAAAGCAUCCGCAAAAGGUAAUGUUAAUAUUGUUAAAGAUAAUGAUACUUCAAUCGAUUGCAUUUUUGGUGUAGAUACACUUAUUGGAUUGAAAUUAAUAAUUGAUUGCAAGGAAAUGAUCAUUAAGAAUCUUGAAUUUAAUGUUGGUACAAGAUUAAUCACCAGAGAAACCAAACCAAUUGUUUGCAAAAUUGAUCUAAAUAUAUUAGAAAAAGUAUCAAAACCAAUGGCUGAGUUAUUAAUCAAAAAUGAAGAGAUUUUUGAAACCAAAUUGUCAAAACCAGGAUCAUUAAUAGAUGUUGAACAUUCAAUUAAAUUAACUGAUGAAAAUGUUUCUGUUUAUACUCCACCAUACAAAACUAGUCCAGCUGAUAAAGAAUUCAUUGAAGAAUACAUUAAAGAUGCAUUAGAUAAAGGUAUAAUCGAGAAAUCAGAUUCAUCACAAUACGGUUCUCCAAUAGUCUUAUCCAGAAAGAAUGAUAAAAUUAGAUUUUGUGUUAAUUAUAAAAAACUAAAUGACCUCACAAUUAAAGAUAGAUAUCCACUUCCAUUAAUUUCUGAUUGUUGGUAUUAUCUCAAAGAUGCAAAAGUUUUCUCAAAAAUUGAUCUUACUUCUGGUUAUUAUCAAAUCAAAAUGAAAGAAGAGGACAAGGAUAAAACAACCUUUGUCUCUCAUAUGGGUCAAUUUAGAUAUGUUGUAAUGCCAUUUGGAUUAUGUAAUGCACCAGCAACUUUUCAAAGAUACAUGAAUGAAUUAUUAAAAGAUGAAUUAAGAAAAAGUAAUAUUGGGUUUAUUGACGAUUGUAUAAUUUAUAGCAAGAAUAAUGAAUAUCAUAUUGAACAUGUCAAACUAUUAUUCGAAAAAUUCAAAGAAAAAGGUGCAAAGUUACAAAUAACUAAAUGUGAGUUUGAAAAAGAAGAGAUCAAGUUUUUGGGAUAUAUCGUUUCAAAGAAUGGUAUUACUUAUGAUAGUUCAAAGUUUAAUGAAUUAUUAAAAACACCACCUCCAUCAAAUCAAAAAGAAUUAAUGAAAUUACUCGGUACUGUCAAUUACUUUAGAACAUUCAUUAAAAAUUUCACUCAUUUAACUUCAUCAUUUUAUCCACUAUUAAAGAAGGGUGUUAAUUUCAAAUGGACUGAUGAAUUGGAAAAUGAUCGUGUAAAAUUAUUUACUACAUUAGCACAAACUAAUCUUUUAAGUUUUCCACAAGAUACAGAUGAUAAUGUUAUUGAAACUGAUGCUUCAAUUAUUGGUAUUGGUGGUGUAAUGAUUCAAAAUGGUAAACCAGUUUCUUAUUAUUCAAGAACAUUAAACAACGCUGAAAAGAAUUAUUCUGUUACUGAAAGAGAAUGUUUGGCAAUCAUUGAAUCAAUUAAAUAUUUUAAAUCCUAUAUCAAUGGUAGAAAAGUAAAAAUCAUCACUGAUCAUCAACCUUUGAAAUAUCUCUUAACUGGUAAAUUUACUGAUCGUAUUACAAGAUGGACUGUAUUACUUCAAGAGUAUAAUUACGAAAUUAUAUAUAGACCUGGUAAAGAAAACUUUUUAGCUGAUGCAUUAUCAAGAUGUCCAGAUAGAGAUCAACAGCCAAUUGAUUGUGAUAUUCCAGAAAAGAUAUUUACAAUUACUCACUAUCCAGUAGCUUCACCAUCAACUACAAUUUUACCAAGAGUCUUACCAUCAAGAUCAAAUCAAACAUCUAAUGUUUCACCAGCUACAACAAUUCAACCACCAAAUUCAUCAAGUUCAAAUCAAUCAUCAAAUAUCCCACCAACAACAAACCAAUCAUCAAAUAUUACAAAUCAACCAAUAAAUACUUCAUCAAUGAAUUUAAAUCAAUCAUUAUCAAAUCCACCAUCUCUUAUUACAAAUCAAGCAACAACCGCUAGAUUAUUGAAUAGUGUACCUAUCUCAAUCAACAAUGAUAAUAUUAAUACAACAAUUCCACAAUUUACACAAGAGUCAAUAAGAAAAGAGUUGGAAAAAGAAAAUUAUUAUAGAGCAAUGUAUAAAUAUCUUGAAGAAACAAGACUUCCAGACAAUGCACAAGCAGCAAGAAGAAUUUUGUUGGAGUCUGAAUUUUAUUCAAUGAUUAAUGGAUUUCUUUGUCACGGUUUAAAACAUACUUUAUCAAGUAAGAAAUCUCAUUUUAAACAUCUUCAAAUUGUAGUUCCAAAAACUAUGACUAAAUGGAUAAUGGAAAUAUUUCAUGAUUCGCCACUUACUGGAGGACAUUUUGGAUUAUUAAAAACUGUUGCAAAAAUCAAAGAAAGAUUCUAUUGGAUUGGUAUGAUUAAGGAUAUAAAAGAAUUUAUCGAUAAAUGUACAACUUGUUUACAAAUUAAAAGAAAGUAUGGUCCAAAAGAAGGUUUACUCAUUCCAAUUGAGAUUGAACCUGAACCAUUUAAUACAAUUGGUAUUGAUUUUAUUGGUCCAAUUACAAAAGAUAAUGCUCAAGUUUAUUUGUUGGUUGUUAUGGAUUAUUUUACUAAAUGGCCAGAAGUUUUCUUUACCCUUGAUAUGGAAGGGGAGACUGUAGCUCAAUUAUUGUUGUAUGAAAUCUAUACUAGAUAUGGGGUUCCAAAGAAGUUGGUUUCUGAUCGUGGUAAGAAUUUUUUAAGUAAUGUAGUCUCUGGUGUUAAUAAAUUAUUCGGUGUUCACAAAUUAACAACUACUGCUUAUCACCCACAAUGUGAUGGUCAAACUGAAAAUUUCAAUAAUACAUUAAUUAAGAUGCUCAAAGCUUUUAUUGGUAAUGAAUUGUAUGGCAAUUGGGGUGAAUUAUUAAGAUGUGUUUUAUACUCAUACAGAAUUACACCACAUGUUUCAACUGGUUUUUCACCCUUUUUCUUAAUUUUUAAUCGUCAACCAACUUUACCAUUAGAUACAACUUUAAAUGUAAAUUUUUAUUCAAAUUCACUAAGAUUAGAUUUCGCUGAUAAUUAUGCACAAUCCGUAAAUAAUAAUCUUAAACGUGCCUUUUGGUUUACAAAGAAUAAUCAUAAUCGUCCAACAAAUAUUCAAACAGGUGAUUUUGUUUAUUUACAUACACCAUAUUCACAAACUUCUAUUGGUCCAAAGAAAUUCUAUAAACCUUGGAGAGGUCCUUUUAAAAUUCAAGAAAAAGUUAGCGAUGUUACAUUCAAAUUAGAUAUGGGUAAUCUUAGAGAUCAUAAAGUAGUCAAUAUUGAAAGAUUGAAAAAAAUUUUCAACUAA